UUGUUACAGAUGAUAUCAAUGCGACAAAAUGGGCACAAAUGUCGAGAUCCGUGAGUAUAACCGCUGAGCGGGCAUGUGGGCGCGCGCGGCGCGGGUGCUGCGGCGCGUGGCGCUGCUGGUGCCGUUCGUGCUGACCGCGUUGGCGUUGCUGCUGCUGCCGCGCCCGCCGCCCUACAGCACGCCCGCGCGGCUCCCGUCCCCGCCGCCGCAAGCUCUGCGCGACGAAUCGCACUUGCAUAACGCGAUUACCGAAAGUGAGGAUGAAUUGAGUAACGUUGAGGAUGAAUUUUCUAAGCGACCUUGGUACAUGAGCGGAGGUGAAAGGAGACCCAAGAACCAUGAUCCACUCGCAAGGCUAUUUCCAGAGGACUUGCCUAGCGAAGACAGAAUUGUCGAGCAGCUUAUGUACACUUUACCAAGAGACGAGGAUGUACCAGUAAAGAAGAUAUUGUUGGCUAAUGGGCUAGGCACUUGGGGUGUCUCUGGCGGUAGGACUGAAUUCAUCAGAAACAAAUGUCCAGUAGACAGGUGUACGCUGACGGGAGAUUCCAGAGAGGCGGGAACGGCCGACGCCAUUUUGUUCAAGGACCAUCACACCCCAUUCAACAUCAAGCGACCACCGAACCAGGUAAUUAGAUAGAAAAUGCAGUUAUUUAUAU